CCAUGUGGGUGCUGGGAAUUGAACUCAGGACCUCUGGAAGAGCAGUCAGUACUCUUAACCACUGAGCCGUCUCUCCAGGCCCUGUAUAACCAAGAAAGUGAAAAUUAACAUAGACCUUAGUGUUCAGAAACAGAUUUCUGUUAGAGCAUGGCCUGGCUCUUGUGCUGACUGCGUGUGGGCAUCCCGGGAUACAGGGUUAGCUGGGAAGCUGUGACUACAUAGUUCUAGUCCCUUCCAGACCUUCUGCAGACACUGCUGCAUGUCUGGGACAGUUGUUCCAGCUGCUGAACAAGUUCUGGUGGAACACUGUCAGCCUGCUCUGGGGUCACAAUCAUGUCACUGUUCCUCCUCAGUAUUUGAAGGAAAAUCAUUUUUAGUCUCAGUGCUGUAUAAAUAAAUUCUCUCUAUAAAAUCAAAGGCUGCGUUGCAUGGAAUGAAAUGUGUGGGGAACAUUUUCUUCCCUGCUCAGGCCUCUCUUCCUGGCAGGGCUCCAACAUGUCCUGGUCUGCCUGCACCAACUCCAGGCUAUGGUCAGCUGACUGCUUACCUGGCGUGUAGCCCUCCUUGGCCCUGCGUUCUGCCAGUCCCCAAACCUGGUACCAGGUCAAUGCACUGAGCCAACCCCUGUAAUAGUAAUCUCCGGGGGUUUUCUAUGUCCCUUUUGCUCCCAAAUAACUGUAGAGUAUUUCUAUGCCCACUCUAGCCCUUUUUAGCUCCUGAAUGAAGACACAGAGACCUCGAAUUUUUAUCAAUAAGUUGCACGGUCUAAUAGCUGGGAAGGGUCUUAUCUUGUCUAACCUGGCUAGGCUACCUACUGCCCAGCCAAAUGCCCCAUCACUUGCCAUCUGGCCUUACUCUGGCUCACUCUGGUCUGUGUGUCCUCCUGGCUGCUUUCCCAUGGCGAAUCCUCCAGGUCUUUCCACGUCUCUCCACAGGGUCCUUCUCUACUCUCUGGUCUCCUUUGGUACCCAGUGACUGGGAUUGGAAGUCCCUCCUUAUAUCUUCUGCUCAGCUAAUUGGCUGAUCAGCUGUUUUAUUAACUAACUAAUCAGAGGUGAUGGAAAACACAUUUUCACAACAUUGAGAUCUAGAGAUGCAGGCUGGAGAGAUGGCUCAGUGGUUAAGAGCACUGACUGAUAUUCCUGAGUUCAAUUCCCAACAACCACAUGGUGGCUCACAACCAUCUGUAAGGGUAUCUGAUGCCCUCUUCUGGUGUGUCUGCAGAUGGCUACAGUGUACUCAUAUAAAAUAAAUAAAUAAAUCUUUUUAAAGAGAGAGAUCCAGAGAUGCUAUCUUCCAGACUGCAACUAGAUGUCUGAGCAUAGAACUCAGCAUCUGAAUACACAGCGUACAAGACCAUCCCCUAACAAGCCCACUCAGGAUUGACCAGCAGUUGCUAAGGUGUGCCCUGCCUCGCCCUGCCCCACCCUCCACACCUUCAAGGCUCAUCUGGAGGAACAGUUUCCAGCAACCAAGUUUAUUGCUCCUAACUCCAGUUCUGUAAGAUUUGGUGCCCUCUUGUGGCCUUGGGUAGCAUACAUACAGGCUCAUAAAACAAACAAAUGCCCACACGCAGUCAGCACAAGAGCCAGGCCAUGCUCUAACAAAAAUCUGUUUCUGAACACUAAAGUUUAUGUUAAUUUUCACUUUCAUGGUUAUACAGGGCCUGGAGGGAUGGCUCAGUGGUUAAGAGCACUGACGGCUCUUCCAGAGGUCCUGAGUUCAAUUCCCAGCACCCACAUGGUGGCUCACAACCAUUUGUAAGGGGAUCUGAUGCCCUCUUCUGGUGUGUCUGAAGACAGCUACACUGUCUUUUUUUUUUUUUUUUUUAACAGCAGCACUGUGUCUUAAUUUGACCAGAAGAAAAUGUAAGACGAACUUAGUAGAAAUAGCCCAGAAAAUAACUAGUCAGUAUUCUUAUCAAGAAUGGGGAUAAGGGGGGGUUGGGGAUUUAGCUCAGUGGUAGAGCACUUGCCUAGCAAGCGCAAGGCCCUGGGUUCGGUCCCCAGCUCCGAAAAAAAGAAAAAGAAAAAAAAAAGAAAAGAAAGAAAGAAUGGGGAUAAGGUGAAGGGGAAGUUGGGACGGGCUUCCCAAAAGGGUUGCUUCCUUGCUCAUGGGAAUGGCGGCCAGGUGGACUGAGAAGGUAAGUAAAAGGGACUUGGGAGUCAAAAUGCCCCACUCUGAGCCCCUAGGCAGAUUUGCAACUCUUGGUUACCCUUCCUGUCCUGGAGUUAGAUGUCAGCUUGUGCUCUGUCAGCUUUUGGCCUCUCCAAGUUUUGGUCUGUUUUUCCUGGACCAUCAAUUCUUCACCUUUCCCACAGAAUGAACUUGGCUAACACAGAAAUUCAGCUACAGGGGUUCUGGGGAGACGACUUAGUCGGUGAAGUCCCACACAAGCGUUAGAGCCCAAGGUCAACCCCCAGCAUUACCAUAAAAAGCUGAGGGCAGCAACCCCACUGGGGGUGAGGAUGGGGACCCAAGGGGGCUUGCUGCCAUCCCAGCUAAAACAGAGCUCCUGACACUGCUGCUGGGCACCUUCACCUCACCCUCCACACCCCACAUUACUGUUUAAAGGAAGAACACAGACUUAAAAAAAAUAUUGAGAGUGCCUCGUAUGGCAUGACAAAUUUAGUGGGGAUUCUGAGUCUGAAUUUUUUCAUUUUAUUGAGAGAGAGAGAGAGAGAGAGAGAGAGAGAGAGAGAGAGAGAGCGAGCCUUGUCAGAGGACAACUUUAGGGAGCUGGUUCACAUCUGCCAUAUGGGACAGACUGAACUCAGAGUGUCAGGUUUGGUAGCAGGAGCCUUUAGUCAAUGAGCUCUCCUGUCACCCUUGUUUCUGAGACAAGAUCUCAAUGUAGCUCUAAGUCCUGAUACUUCUGCCUUCGACUUGACAAGCGCUAGGUUUACCACCGUGUCCCAGGUCUUGGGACAGAGAAAGGCCAUGCAUGGGAGACCUUUAAUGGUCUAGGCCUCAUCGUGUACUAGUAUUCCUUCCCAAGUGUAGAUCCUUGUGCUUUGCUAUGUCAGAGAGCUGAGUUUAGAAGCUGGGGAUGGUGUGUGUGUGUGUGUGUGUGUGUGUGUGUGUGUGUGUGUGUGUAGCACCAAUGUCUCUACAACUUUUCUACACGUGUAAAACCAGUAAACAAAAAACUGACAAUAAAGUUAUUAAGAAGGAAGAGGAACAAUUGAUUUCCUGGAGUUGUAUGCAGUCGGGGUGUGUGUGUGUGUGUGUGUGUGUGUGUGUGUGUGUGUGUGUGUGUGUCUUCCUAAGGAGAUACAACAUGCAUGCCUCUUCAUUUCAGAUAGGCAACUGACAAUGGGCCAGAGACAUAAAUCCAUCAAAGUCCAACUUGGCAAAUAUUUAUUUUGGGGGAUUUGUUUUUUAUUAUUAAUUUUACUUAACUAUUUAUUUGAGUUUAUUGGGAUUACUUACAGGGGCAUGAUUGUCAUCAAAACACCCACCGAACCAUUGGGGGUGACCCUAGUGCUCCCCGCAGGACUGGCAGUGCCUGCCCGAAUGUCUUCUUUCAGGGGUUGUCUAUAACCUUGAGAAGGGGCCUUGUGAAUCUCACAUGUUUCCGAUUUUCUGGACCUGUAAGGUUAAUUCUUGCUUAAUUUUUGAGUCUCAUGAAGCUCCCCCUCCCCCCUCCCACGAGGACCCGUUCCCACUAGGAGCCGACUGCUCGUGUACAAAAAGCAGUCCAGCACUCUGAAUCUAUCGGGUUAAUUCCAGGCCCUGGCUUAGUGGCUUUGGAUCUACCUGAAGGUGCUGUCUAGGGGUGGGGACAGAGUGAAGAGAGCAGGAUGUUACUUCCUCUCAGAGGCCAGGAGCACACCUGCCGGCAGGUGCCCGCUACCCUCCAGGCUUAGCAGGUUCAAGGAAGAAGCACCAGUCCGACUGGGCCUCUGCCAAUCGGUAUGGCCUGCUGCUUGGAGUCUGCACUGCUGCUGUUGCUGCUGCUGCUGCUGCUGGGUGAGAACCUGUCUCCUCCCUGGCCCCUGCCCUCUCUGACCCUGCUCCUCAGGCACAAAGUGAGAUUGCAAGAGUGACACCGGUAUCAAUGUGCCCCUGCUGUACAGUGCCGUGCACCCCAUCUUUGGGUUCAGCUGAGCCACCCUUCACAAAUCUAGCCUUACUAUCCGUGCCCCAGGAACUUUCUUUUUCCUCUCCCCCUCCCCUGCCCUCAAUGUGCUCCUCAGAAGCUCCGGCUCUUGGGAGUUUUGAGUCCCACAGCUGAUGUUCUGCCUCCCAGCACUGCCUCUUCUCCACCAGGGGGAUCACAGGAAAGGAUUGCUCUGUGGGGUGUGGUGUAGAGAAUGGAUACUGGUAAGCUUUAAGGCAGAGGAGACCUAAGAGCUGAGACAUGCUAUGUUGAGUGGAGCGUAUUUACGGGUGCUGAAUGAGAGGCCAGGCCAGGCAGUUUUAUGGAGUCUUGGAUGCCAGAGAGGUAAGGAGGUGGGAAAGGAAGUACUAUAAACCUGAAUUUGGUGACUUGGCUGGAUUUGCAUAUGUCCAGUGCCAAGUUCAGACAUAGCUGCCGGGUUUACUGAUGCUACUCUCCCAAGGUCAGGCAUUCUAUUUUCCCCUGAAUGGCUUUUCAUCUGUGACUUAUCUACAUCUUCACUGAAACUACUGGUAAACGUCCAGGUCUGUCUCAGGGCGAAGUCCUAUGGUCUGCCAUUAAGCCUCAGUGUCCUGUCAGGUGAAGCUGGGGAGGAUGGAAGGGGUCCAGUAGACGCUCUGUGAUGCAUGUGCCAGUUCUGGAGAUGGUGGUGGAGGCUGAACCUGAGCUUCUGGGGAACCUCCGAGUACUGCCUCCAUUCACGACCUGGGUGGAUAUCCCUAGGACCUGCCCAUGCCCGCUUCCUCAGGAAAAACGGGUCACGCCUAUGGGCCACACUCUCUCCCCUUGGGUUUGGGUAUCUGCCCCCAGCCCCCGCCAAAUUCCGGGGUGUGGAAUGUGGAGAACCAAGCACAGAGGGCUGCAGCCUGCCCUCCCCUCACCAGGGUCAGCGAGCUCCACUGAGGGGAAUCGCUGCGUGGAAGCAGCCGAGGCGUGCACAGCAGACGAGCAGUGCCAGCAGCUGCGCUCCGAGUACGUGGCGCAAUGCCUGGGCCGGGCGGGCUGGCGGGGACCCGGGAGCUGCGUGCGCUCCCGCUGCCGCCGUGCCCUGCGCCGCUUCUUCGCCCGCGGGCCUCCGGCGCUCACGCACGCGCUGCUCUUCUGCGGAUGCGAAGGCCCCGCGUGCGCCGAGCGCCGGCGCCAGACAUUCGCGCCCGCCUGCGCGUUCUCCGGCCCCCAGCUGGCGCCACCUUCCUGCCUGAAGCCCUUGGACCGCUGCGAGCGAAGCCGCCGGUGCCGGCCCCGUCUCUUUGCCUUCCAGGCCUCAUGCGCUCCCGCGCCCGGCUCCCGCGACGGCUGUCCGGAGGAGGGGGGCCCGCGGUGUCUGCGCGCCUACGCAGGCCUUGUAGGCACCGUGGUCACCCCCAACUACCUGGACAACGUGAGCGCGCGCGUUGCGCCCUGGUGCGGCUGUGAGGCCAGCGGAAACCGGCGCGAAGAGUGCGAAGCCUUCCGCAAGCUUUUUACAAGGAACCCCUGCUUGGAUGGUGCCAUACAAGCCUUUGACAGCUCGCAACCAUCAGUUCUGCAGGACCAGUGGAACCCCUACCAGAAUGCUGGGUGCUGUUUCCUGCGGGUAGGUAUGGGGAGAGGAUGUGGAGUUGGCAGUUUCUCAUCGUUCCCUUCUGUAUUUACCCUUCUCAGGCAGGCCAAGGUGGAGGCCUGAGUGGCCUGAGAAGAGAUGGAGGCAGAAACGGUCCCCGUUUUGUCCCAAGGUGUCCUCGAUGUCCAUACUCACUGCCCUGGCUCUCCAGGCCCUGCUCUAAUUAGGAAGGUGAACCAUGGACAACACAGCUGACUGCCAUGUCUCUGGAUUAUGCUCACUGAACUGAAACUCCCUUGCCCUCAGGUCUGCUGUCCUUUGCAGUUCUGGACCCCUGCAUGGCUGUCUCCUGGACUGGGAGCUGGAGGCUAGGGCCCGACUGUUAGGUUCCCCUGUUAGUAGGCAUCUCACCUGUUUUCUUCACCAUCCUUGAGAUGAUGGUAGAUGAUAUUUAGCACCUGUAGACAGGGCCUCAUUGGGCCCCUUGGGCUUACAGAGCAGAACAGAGACUAGCCUCCUGCUCUUAGAAUUGGGUAGUGUUCUUUUCCAAGAAGACAUGGCACUAAGGUGAUCAUAUGAACAGACUGACAGACUGCAGUCUAAAUACCCAUGCCCCAGGGCCAGCGCUGACCUUGCUUGUCACCUAUGACAUGGCGCUGUGUAGGGAUUAAAGAGAGAGAUUCAGGUCCCUCCUGCUGGACAUCCCACUGGCCUCCCAGACUCUCCCAGCACCUGCAGUGGCACAGCAGCUCAAUAAACCCAUGUGCACUGAGA